GGCCGAGCGGCCGAGCGGGCCGGGCAUGGGGCCGCCGCGCUGCAUCUGCGAGAUCUGCUCCUGCGGACGCCACCGCUGCUGCCACAGACCCACAAAGAUUUAUGAUGAUGGAGUGAAACCGAGCCACAAAACUGAGUAUGUGGAGAACUACCCUGGCUAUGGCAACCUCUGCCCUCCUGAGAGCUGUAAGCCAAAACCAGAGGUCCAAGAGGAUAAGGCGAGAAUGGACGGCACCACAACGUUCAAGUCUGAUUAUUUACCAUAUGAAAUUGUUACGAGACCUUUUCGGCAACAAGAAGAAUAUAGACCAAAGUCAGGGAAGAUUGACCUGGGAACCAUUUACCAGAGAGAUUACAAUCCUCAUAAAGUAGGACCAGUGACAUUGGCAAGGCCUCGAGAGAGGAAACACACUUCAGAUGCCAAAGUGGAUACCAUCCCAACCUACCGAGAUCACUACAGGUUAUGGAAAAGUCAAAGAACAGAAUCCUGUAAGUUGGUACAUGACUACGAGCCACCUUCGGAGAGGUUUGGAAAUCCUUCCACGUUUCAAGAUGACUACAUCCCCAAGCAGCCCAAUCCCCCCCCAAGCUGCAAACCUUGUGACAGCAAGCUGCCAGAGGGGCCUUUUGAUGGCAACACCAUCCAUCGCACGGCGUACGUCGUCCAUGAGUUGGGGCCCUUGUUCAUCAGGCCAAGGGAAGAGUACAAGCCAAGUGACCAACCCUUUGAAGAUCUCACAACCCACCAGAGAGAUUUUAAAGGGAUGCCUGGGGAACAAGCAAAAAGCUGCAAGCCUGAAAGUCAAAAACAUGGAUCUGAUGAUCCUUUUAAAGGAACCACUGAAUUCCAGGAUCGCUAUCAGCCAUAUUUGGUCACCGUGCCCGAGUUCCACAAACCAAAAGAGUACGUUCCACCCACAGACAAGAUGGACCUCAAGUCCUCAAACCGUCUGGAUUACAUUAAACACAAGGUUGCUCCUAGAGCCCCCAUGAAACCAGCUCCUGGAAGAAAAAACACUGGCCCUUUUCAAGGGAAGACUACUACAAAAGAAGACUAUCAACCCUGGAGAGUUUGUCCACGAGGGCCUAUUAAGAAAGAAGAGGAAAUUCAAAAGCCCACAGGAAAAUUUGCUAGUUUAACUACAUUCAGGUCCCAUUACAUACCUCAUCAAGCCAAUCCACCUCAAAGUUUCAAACCUGUAGAGGUUGUACCUACUGGAGUUCCUUUUAAAGAUGAAACUUUGUAUCGCACUGAAUACACGCCAAAGAAGCCAGAGGUCUGCCCAGGACUCAAUCCAGAUGCUGUGGGUUAUGUCUAUGUCAACACAGAUUCUGAGGGUCACAGAUUCUACCGCCGGCUGUCCCCAGAACCAUCCGGGUCAGACUGCAGUCCUGUUCCAGAGGAAGUACCUGCUGUGUCAUAAUACUCACCUGCAGUAUUGCAAGCACCUUAGUUAAAUAAUUGGAAACCAGCUUGUUCAUUUUCUCUUUAACACUGAAAGCAAGUUAAAUACUGCAAAUUUUGCUUUUUAGAAGUUUGAAGAAAACCAAAGCCAAACCAAAGUUCUCAUUACGAGACUAAUAAAGAUUUGCCAAAUGCUGAAGGAGCACUACUCCCUA